UCAAAAUCUACGUAAAACUUUUUUUCUAAGAUAUUGUCUUCUGACGGUGGCGCCACGUGAUUACAUCAUGGAGGAGUAUAAAAACAAGUGCUGCAUUCGAAAGUUUUUGGAAGAAAUUGACUAUAAUGAUAUUAAAGUUGAAAAAAUUGUAGGUAAAGGAUCAUUUGGGGUCGUAUGGAAAGCUAAAUGGAAAGGUCAAUAUGUUGCAGUAAAACAUAUAAAUUCCGAGGAUCAAAGAAAAUCUUUUAUGGUCGAAGUAAGUCAACUAUCAAGGAUUUCUCACCCUAAUAUAAUAAAGUUGUAUGGGGCAUGUACGUCAGAUCCGGUUUGUCUUGUAAUGGAAUAUGCCGAAAGUGGUUCAUUACACAAUAUUUUGCAUUCAAAUUUACGUUUACGUUACACUUCUGGACAUGCUUUUAAUUGGUCACUUCAAUGUGCACAAGUUUUAGGUGGCAAAAGAGUAAAAAUUUGUGAUUUUGGAAGUGCGUGCGAUUUAAAUUCUUAUAUGACGAAUAAUAAAGGAUCAGCAGCUUGGAUGGCUCCAGAAGUAUUUGAAAGUUCUAAGUACACAGAAAAAUGUGAUGUUUUCAGCUGGGGUAUAAUAUUAUGGGAAAUUUUAUCUCGAAGAAAACCCUUUGAUAAUAUUAGAGGUUCAGCAUAUAGAGUAAUGUGGGCUGUUCAUACAGGAAAAAGACCACCGCUGUUGAAAGUAUGUCCUAAACCUGUAGAAGAUUUAAUCCUAAAAUGUUGGAGCAAGUUACCAGAAGUUCGGCCAUCAAUGAAAGAAGUUGUUAUUAUUAUGUCCCACAUAAAAGAAUUUGUCAGUAAAUAUGUAGAUCCAAUUGAGCUUUUGUCAUGUAGCAAAAAAGUUCAGUCUAACUGUUUAAUCAAUUGUCAAACCGGUAACAAUCCCGACUUGAAAAAAACUUUAAUUUCUCAUAAACAUCUCAGUAAAUUAAAAUUACUGAGUAACAAAUCAGAAACAGUAUCACAAUUUAUACAUUAUAAAGAAAAACACUUAAAUUUAACUAUAUUUGAUCAAUUCGCAUUAUUACCUCAUCACAUAAAUUCUUUCAAAACAAUAAAAGAAGUUCUUUUAAUAUUGGUAGCGAAAACAUUUCAAAACUGUUCAGAUGUUCAUCAAAAGAAAUGAAAACUGUUCAAAAGACAAUUUUGAUGAACAUUAAACCUUCGGAAAUUAUUGCUUCAAAUUUAAAUUUUAAUAAUUUUUUUAAGAGAGUCAAACAGGAACACUUUGACGUCAAGCUUCUCAAUCUCCAUGUUUGUUCUAAAGCAUCAAAGAAAAUUUACAAUGAUUGCAAACAAACUUUAAAAGGAUAUCUUCAAGCCCAUACCGAUAUAUCAUCUCUUAAAUAUGUCAAACAAAAAUUAUUCAAUCAAUUAAAUGCUGAAAACGUUAAAAAGUUACAAAAGGUAGAAAAAUUAAGAAACG